AUGAACUUCGGUGCAGUUGCGCAAGCGGCCGCGCUUGAAGCAGUGCGGUGGAUCAUAGCGGUCAGGAGAACCCUUGAUGGAAAUGCAGGCAUUAGAGAUGAGACCGCCAUCAGUAUCGGAAACUACACUGUCUACUGCGGUGAUGCUGAUGAAAGGAAAGUAGAUGCAGCUCUGCAGGAUCGCAGACUUAAACUCUGGAUCGUAGGUGCCCGUGCACCUACGGAAACCAAUGAGGGCAACAGUAAGGUCGCCUUCUAUGACUUACUUAAUGCGCUGAUGCCGAAAAUGCCCAACCAGGAGGUGGUCAUUGUCGGAAUCGACGCAAAUGCGAAGAUAGGACUAGAACAACAAUCCGAUGUGCUAGGAGAAUGGUAUAACCCAGCGAAGUGCACGUCGGAUAACGUAACCGUCCGCCUAUUCCGCGCUGAUGGGGUACCAAAAGAGUUUGUUCGCUCGCUUGAUGCCAUGAAUCAACGAACAGUUGCUGCAGUUCUAACACCAGAUGGAUGUACAACACAGUUUGAGGUGGUAACUGGAGUAAGACAAGAGGCAGUGGAAGAACCCUUCCUGUUCAACUUCGCUAUCGACGACAUCGUGCGAGAAACAGUGGAACAGCGUCCUGCCAACGUCGUCCUAGCACCAUCAGGGUGCCCCUUGAGUGAUCUCGAGUACACCUAUGAUGUUACAUUCGCGCAAAGUAGUACGAAAAUUCAACAUGUUGUCAACCUUGUAUCAAAGCUGGAUGGACGCUUUGCAAACAGAUCUGAAGAACCCGCGGCCUACGCCGGUUACGAGAAAGAUAUUCAUCAACCCGUUAUGGCCAUUUUUACAUCUAAUUCCUUAACGAAAUGCUUGUGGUCGACUCCCAUCACUAACGAAGUCAAGCUGCGAGUCUACCUAUUCGCAAUUUGCUUUAUCAUGAUGUACGGAUCGGAGACUUGGGUAGCGUGUUCCACGGUGAUGGAGAAACUUUGUUGUACGGAAAGGAUGCUGAUUAUACAGCUGCUUGGCUACUUCUGGCCUAGGGUGUGCCGCAGUGAAGAUCUUUACGCGGAAUUCGAUGUGGUUUGCCGCCGGAUGACACGUGGAAGGUAUCAACAUCUUGCGCUGCCAUCGAAAGUAGCUAUAGAAAAUCGUCUUCGUUUCUUUGGUCAUAUAUUACCAGUAGGUUGCCUUGUCAAACGAGUUCUGAGGAGUUUGUCGGGUUCGAACUGGGAGAAACCUUUUGGUCGAAAACGGAAAUUCUGGACUGAAGUGGUGAAAGAGGACCUGAGGACACUCGGCGUGGACAGGCAGUUCAGGCGGGACGUAAGGUUUUACGCGAUGUGGAGUAGUAUUGAUUGGAUCGAUUCUGUGCAAGCUCUCGCCGAAGAUCGAGAAGGUUGGGGAGAACUAUGA